CCUUUUUAUUUACAGCUUCUCUCCAAGAUAAAAUGGCAAACCCCAAAGAGAAAACUCCAAUGUGUCUGGUAAAUGAGUUAGCCCGUUUCAAUAGAGUCCAACCCCAGUAUAAACUUCUGAAAGAAAGAGGGCCUGCUCAUUCGAAGAUGUUCUCAGUGCAGCUGAGUCUUGGGGAGCAGACAUGGGAAUCCGAAGGGAGCAGUAUAAAGAAGGCCCAGCAAGCCGUCGCUAGCAAAGCUCUGACUGAAUCUACGCUUCCCAAACCAGUUCAGAAGCCGCCCAAAAGCAAUGUUAAUAAUAACCCAGGUAGUAUAACUCCAACUGUGGAACUGAAUGGGCUUGCUAUGAAAAGGGGAGAGCCUGCCAUCUACAGGCCAUUAGAUCCAAAGCCUUUCCCAAAUUAUAGAGCUAAUUACAACUUUCGGGGCAUGUACAAUCAGAGGUAUCAUUGCCCAAUGCCCAAGAUCUUUUACGUUCAGCUGACUGUAGGAAAUAAUGAAUUUUUUGGGGAAGGAAAAACUCGACAAGCUGCUAGACACAAUGCUGCAAUGAAAGCCCUUCAAGCACUGCAGAAUGAACCUAUUCCAGAAAAGUCAGCUCAGAAUGGUGAAUCAGGAAAAGAAAUGGAUGACGACAAAGAUGCAAAUAAGUCUGAGAUCAGCUUAGUGUUUGAAAUUGCUCUGAAGCGAAAUAUGCCCGUCAGUUUUGAGGUUAUUAAAGAAAGUGGACCACCACAUAUGAAAAGCUUUGUUACUCGGGUGUCAGUGGGAGAGUUCUCUGCAGAAGGAGAGGGAAAUAGCAAAAAACUCUCCAAGAAGCGCGCUGCAACCACAGUCCUACAGGAGCUGAAGAAACUUCCACCUCUUCCUGUGGUUGAAAAGCCAAAACUAUUUUUUAAAAAACGCCCUAAAACAAUAGUAAAGGCUGGACCAGAAUAUGGUCAAGGAAUGAACCCCAUUAGCCGCCUGGCUCAAAUCCAACAGGCCAAAAAGGAAAAGGAACCAGAUUACAUUUUGCUUUCAGAAAGAGGAAUGCCUCGACGUCGGGAAUUUGUGAUGCAGGUCAAGGUAGGCAAUGAAGUUGCUACUGGAACAGGACCUAAUAAAAAGAUAGCCAAAAAAAAUGCAGCGGAAGCAAUGCUGUUACAGCUUGGUUAUAAAGCAUCCACUAGUCUUCAAGAUCAACUUGACAAGACAGGGGAAAACAAAGGAUGGAGUGGUCCAAAGGCUGGGUUUCCUGAACCAACAAAUAACACUCCAAAAGGAAUUCUUCAUUUGUCUCCUGAUGUUUAUCAAGAGAUGGAAGCCAGCCGCCACAAAGUAAUCUCUGGCACUACUCUAGGCUAUUUGUCACCCAAAGAUAUGAACCAACCCUCGAGCUCUUUCUUCAGUAUAUCUCCCACAUCGAAUAGUUCAGCUACAGUUGCCAGGGAACUCCUUAUGAAUGGAACAUCUACAGCUGAAGCCAUAGGUUUAAAAGGAAGUUCUCCUACUCCCCCUUGUUCUCCAGUACAACCUUCAAAACAGCUGGAAUAUUUAGCAAGGAUUCAAGGCUUUCAGAUGGACUUGAAAAUCAUUCAGUCAUCAAACUUCAUUGCAUACAAAGAUGAAAGAAGUAUCUAUUCAUAGAGGUAAAAUGUCAGUUUGGAAAAAUGUUAUUUUGAAAAAUUGUACGUGCUUAUGGUAAAUCACCUGCGAUUGUGACUGCUAUACUUGCUUCAUCGUGUAUGUCUCUAUUUAAGCAUCUCUCUAUUAAUCUUUCUUUGGGGGAAUGCAUUUCAAAGGAGCAGACAAUCAUAUACUCCCCCCACCCCCCAAUAAUUUAACAUACAUGUCAUUAACUUGAGUUCAAUAUUUGUUUACGGUUCCUCUGUUUCCUUUUGAGGUAAAAUUUACAUACAGUAAAAUGCACAAAUCCUAAAGGGUACCAGCUGACAAGUUCUGACCAUAUGCCUGUGCAACUCAAACCCCUAUCAAGAUAUAAAACAUUACCACCACAGUAAGAAGUUCCCUCAGGUCCCUUUUCAGUAAAUCCCAGCCCUCACCACCAUCAAAGGCAACCGUUGUUCUGGUAUUAUUCCAUGAUAUAUUAGUUUUGCCUGUUCCAGAACUUUAUAUAAAUGAACUCAUAUAGUGUACACCCGUUUGUGUAAUGCUGCUUUUACUCAGCAAAACGUUUUUGGGAUUUAUCCAUGUGGUUGCGUGUAUCUGUGGUUUGUUUCUUUUUACUGCCAAAUAGUUCAGCACUUUAUUAUAGGCAUAGGCCACAGUUUGUUUAUUCAUUCUCCUUUUGAUAGACACCUGAGCUGUUUCCAGUUUUUAACUACCAUGAGUACGGCUGCUGUGAACAUUCUUGUAGAAGUCUUCUAUGGCUGUGUUUUCAUUUCUCUUGGAUCAAUCCCUAAGAGUAGAAUUGCUGGGUCACAGGGUAGGUGUACAUUUCAUAUUUCAUCACCGUUUGAUGCUCCCACCAACCGCACACAGAGUUCAGUUGCUGCACAUCUUUGCCAACGUGGGGUAUGUCCCUUUAAUUUUAUCCAUAAUGGUGGGUGUGUAGUGGUAUCUCAUUAUGGUUUUAAGUUAUUGUUCCCUGAUGACUAAUGAUGUUGAGUACUUUUACAUGUGUUUAUUGGUCAUUCAUGUAUCUUUGUGAAGAGUCUGUUCAAAUUUUUGCCCACUUUAAAAUAGGUUGUUUGUCUUUUUAUUAUUGUUAUAGGAGUUCUUUAUUCGUAUUCUAGAUACCAAUCCUUUGAAAUGUAUGCUUUGCAAAUAUUCUUUUCUUGGUCUUGACUUCCUUAUUCUUCUUCUUACGAAUGUAUUUUCAUGAGCAUAAGUUUUAAAUUCUGAUGCAGUCCAUAAAGUUUUAUUUUAUGAUUAUUUAUCUCUGUUUUAAGAAACCUUUGCCUGGUCCUGAUUUGUGAAGAUAUUCCCCUUUUUUUCAUCUAACAGCUUUAUAGUUUUAGCUUUUACACUUAGGCCUAAGAUAAAUCUAAAGUUAAUUUUUGUGUGUGGUGAGAGAAGGAGCUGAGGUUUUGUUUGUUUGUUUACACGUGGUGUUCAGUUAGGGAAUCCUAAUGUAGUUGGAUUACUUUGAUGUUUUGUUGAAAAUCAAAUGACCAAAUAAAUGUGGGUCUGUUUCUGGGCUCUCUAUUCUGUUCCAUUAAUUGAUUUGCCAAUCUUUAUGCUAAUAUUACUGUACUUUAUAUUUAAUGAAUGGUGAUUUUUAAUAGCGUUAUCACAGCUUUAUAUUAAGGGAACGACCAUGUGUAACAGCCGCACGUAUGCCGUU